CAGAAUUCUAGUAAGUUCGUAUAGAAUGAACUGAUCUAACAUCCCUAAAAUAGUGACAAAUCUUUGAAUCCGUGGAGACAAAAACGCUUCUUUGUUCUACAAAUGCAGCUUUUUGUAUUAAAAUUUACUUGUACGAAUAUAAUGGAAUAAAAAGAAAAUAGACGUUUUAAUUGCAGGAUCGACAUACAAUUAAAUAAUUAGGUUGCCACCUAACAAAAGAAAUCAUUCUCUAUUCCAGUAAUAUCAGUAUUUAUCGCUAAAUGAUAGAAACAAUAAAUAUCAUUUCUACGUCUCAUUUCCUUAGUGCUUAAUCACUCGAAACCAAAAAAUAUAGAAUAGAUAAGAAACAGUAUGAGUGUACACAUGGCUGGUUCUACAGUUGGUCCUUCUAACAAAGGAAAGUGUUGGCAAGUUAUUGAGCAUAAGUAAACAUUGGAUAUUUUCUCUUCAGAACUUAUUAUUUUUCCUUCAAUUUAUAUAGUGUUUUAUCGAAUCACAUGAUAAAAACGUAACGAGUAUACUCAUUUAUCUGUUUAACGCGUUCGCGACAGAAUUUGCCAUCAGUGGUUCCGCCGCCAGACAAGAGAAAAUAUAAAAAACAAUUGAAUUAAUGAAUUCUAAACUGUGCUACAGAACAAUAGUAACGUAAUUUUGUAUUUAUGUAGAUAUACAUAGCUCAAACGCAUGACGUAAAUUUUACGUAAAAUAAUAAAUAUGGGUGAAAAAGUGCCAAACAAAGCGCAACCACCAGCACCACUAAAAGCAAAUGGCAAUUUGGAUAAGAAUUGGUGUACCUGGAGGAGUGAUUUCAUAGAAUUUAUGAAAGUGGAAGAUCCCACAGAAUCGUACAAAAAUAGAUGGGGAACGUUUCUUUUGAUGUUUAUUGGUCCCAUAGGGCAAGAAGCUUACAAAAAAGUAUCUUUGGAUACAUUUUUAGAUAAAGAAAAUUUCGAUGCACUGCUUACAAAAUUGGAUUUGUAUUUCAUUUUUGGAACUAAGGAAAUACAAUAUAAAGAGAACAUCAGUGACUAUGUCAAUAAUUUAAUGGAAAUUGCUAAAGCAAGCAAUCACAGCGAUGCUCAAGAUAUUGUUAAACAAAAGGUUAUCAACGAUAUUAUGGGACUGAAAUCCGAUAAAGAUUUUGAAACAUUUUUACAGUCUUUGAAUUUGAGUGAAAUUAUUUCUGAAUGCAUGUCUUUACAAAAAUUCUCAAAUCAAAAGGACAAAAAAACCAAUCCUGAGCAAACCUUUACUAAAAAACGUCUCAUAGAUAACAGUUUAAGCGUAUGUGUCAGAUGCGGACUGCAACAUACACGCAAUAAAUGUCCUGCGCAUGGAAGCCAAUGCAACAACUGUAAGAAGUUCAAUCAUUUUACAGAGAAGUGCAAAACUAAUGUAAAAUUUGUUGACAAUUGUUCCAAAUGUGGAACUGGGCAUAAGCAAAUAGAAUGCCCUGCUUUUGGAUAUGCAUGCACAAAGUGUGGCAAAAAUAAUCACUAUUCGUGGAAGUGUCAAGCUCCUAUGGUGAGAAAUUGCUCUAGAUGCGGCACAGACCAUAUCAUAUCUCUAUGCCCUGCACAAGGAAAAGAGUGCUCACGAUGUAAAAAACCUAACCACUUGGAGACAAAAUGUAUCAGCAAAUAAUAUAUUGAUAUAAAUAAAUAUUUUUAAAUUUAAAACACUCGCAAGCAAAGAUAAAACAAAUAUAAAAAAAAGUAUUACUAAUAAUAAUCGACUCAGCACAUUUGUAGCUUCGUAUUCCCUUAAUUUUGUUAUUACGUCAUAAAAAAAAAUAAAAACGGUGAAAAUGUACUAUUUUCUAAUCAUAUAAUAAACACCAAUUACAUGUG